UGUUCUUGGCUUCUACGCACUUCGCAUUUGACAUCCCGCCAUUGGCCUUUUUCAGGCUUUUCUAGUGUUCUUUAUGUGUUCAGAGUUGUUUAUUUAUUCGUGAUUCGUAUUUUAACUUGCAUGUAACUCAUAUUAUCUAAACAUUGAUCCUUCUGACGCUGUGGUUCAUUAUUAAUUUUCAAAGUAAAAAUGCGACGAAGCGACAAUAGAUCGAAAGAGUAUCGGGACCCGAAGGAUUUUUUAUCCAAGGAUAGACUGAAAGACCUGGAGAGAAAAAGAAGAGAAUGGAGAAUUGAGCAGGAACGACGUCGAGAGCACGAAAAACGCAAAGCGAAGAUGAUACAAGAGUGGGAGGCAAAGAGAGCUAGAGAAUUAGAAGCAAAGAAGCAACGAAGACGAUCCAAAUCACGAUCAAGAUCAGCGUCACCCGCAGGCAGCAGACGACGUGAUCGAAGUAAAUCUGCAGAAAAAGGAAGAACUCAUUCCAGCAGCGGCGUUCCUGUCAUGUCUGAGAGGUGUGAUACUUCGUCAUCGAAUAAUACUCCACUGUUUAAGGGCAGUGAGGGUAAUAAAAUUAAUGUUAGUGAGCUUAAAAAAAUUACAGUUAAUAUUCAUCGAAACCUUUCAAAAACUGAAGAAACAUCUGAGUUGCUGAGGAAUAUUACCAGUCCUGAUGAAAUCAUCCUCAAACGAAGAGCAGGUGAAGGAUCAAAACCCAUUUUCGAACGCGAGGAACUGAAGGCUAAGGAAAAAAGUAUUGUCGACAUCCCAGAACAACGUACAGUAGUUGCUCGCAAUGAUUUGGAAACUGAUAACAAACGCUCAAUAGUGCGACGAUCGAGGUCCCUGAGCUCAGAGAGACGUUGUAGACACAGCUCUCGACACACCUCAAGGCUUUCAGACUUUAUCAGACAUGACAGGGCAUCGAGGUCACAUGGAGAAAGCCAUGACAGAAUUCAUUCCUAUGAUAGGGCCCGUACUUCUGGCGAUAGAUAUCGUGAUUCCAAAUAUUCUACCCGUCGUACGUCGAGUCGAGAACGAACUCGUGAUUCCAGAUCUCGUCGUUCACCAGACAGAGCUCGAGACGCACGUUCUGGGUCUCACAGAGACUCUGCGCACAGAGAAUACCAGGAUUAUGACGACCAUUCCCAUCGUAGGAGGGCUGAGCCCGAUAGAAGAUUAGCAACUUUACCAUAUGCCGAACCCGUCCCCUUCCCGAUGUACUAUGAUAAUCUGGUUAGGCCUGUAAUGAUGAAUCCCAUGAUGAUGAUGCGACCUCCCUUGCCUGUAAUGAGAGGGAGAAUGCCGCCGAUGACGAUGCCUUUCAGACCCCCGCUCAGACCGAGAUUCGCGGGGCCAGAAAUGUUUAGAAUGAAUGGCCUUCCAAUCCAACGAUAUAACCGCAUGUUUUAAUAAAAGUACACACCGGAAAGCCAUAACCAAAUAUGGAGGAAAUUGAUUGUAAAAAAUUUAUAAAUAAAUCUUUUAAACAAAAUAAUAAA